AAACCCUAGCGCAACUGACUCCUUCACCUCGCAGACAUCCCCGAGCAGAAGCCGCAGCCGACGCCGCUGACCCUCGCGACGCCGCCACUUCUCCUCGGGGCGCAACCAUGGUGACCUCCACGAAGAAGACGAAGAAGUCCGGGGACAACAUCAACAACAAGCUACAGCUUGUCAUGAAGAGCGGCAAGUACACGCUCGGCUACAAGACCGUCCUCAGGACCCUCAGGAACUCCAAGGCAAAGCUUGUGAUCCUUGCUAACAACUGCCCUCCGCUCCGCAAGUCUGAGAUUGAGUACUAUGCUAUGUUGGCGAAGAUCACUGUCCACCACUACCAUGGAAACAAUGUUGAUUUGGGAACUGCGUGUGGUAAAUACUUCCGAGUCUGCUGCCUGAGUAUCAUCGACCCUGGCGAUUCCGACAUCAUCAACGCAACACCAGCUGGCCAGUAAACCUGUGUAUGCCAUUUUCAGUGUCUCGUCUGAUGUGUCAUCUGAGGUGUUCUAGAGUGUAGUUCUUGCUGGACUUGAUUUGGUCUUGUGCACAUCAUUUAUCAGUCAAUCAAGUUUGAUGGAACUAUGGUUUUGGAUCAAAA